AUUAUCAUGCUGACUAUAUAACUCGGCAGGUGGUCGGGUUCCGACUGCAACUGACUCCAUUAACGUGGACUCCGUCGCCAAGGGGAUAAGUUUACAAUGCGCAUCGGAGUUUUAAUUGUUGUGGUCUGCCUGCAGGUAUACUCGUACAGUGCUUUGGUCGUAUUGCCUCUUCUAACGGAAGUCAAAAGUAGACUUUUAAAUUCUACAGCAAACGAAAUCAAGAAGGGCCUUUCUACGGCUUUUAACCUGGGAUCACUGAUGGAGAUUUUCGGGGACAGUCGGCAGGGAAAUGCGAACUCGGACAAUAUAACUGACCUAUUCAAGGCUGGCUUAGCGUUCCUGCCAAAAUAAUCCAAAUAAUCAUCCGCUUUGCUAAGCGGGACCUCUCUUCGAUCUACAAAACAUUUUGCAAUAAAUUUGCAUUACAUUUGGA